UGAAGCGCUGUGCCCUUAAAGUUAGCCCCCGGCGUGUCCCUCCAACAAUCAAGCGCCGCCGCCUGUCCCGCCAGCAUGAACUGGCUCAGGAACUCGCGCUUAAUUUUCUCCAGGCUCCAGAUCGUCCGACGCUACUGCAACCCUGCCCAGACACUACCAGGUCCUCGAUCGCGUUCCAAUGUCAUGGGCUCAAUCCGACGGCUCUUUUUCCGCCACGCCGCCUCCCAUAUGGCCCAUGCGCGGUCACUGCCGGCAGUCGUCUCACGGAGCCGACCGCGGUGGUACCCGAACCCGUGGAAGGUGGCCGCUGCGGUGGUUGUCCUGCCCUACGCUGCCAAGUUCAGUAUUUUUGCCGCGAUAAGCCAAAAAGAGACCGUGCCCUACACCAACCGGGCCCAUCGUGUCCUCCUGACCUCGUCGGAGGAGCGCGAGUUUGGCGAUGAAGACUUCAACGAUUGGAAGAAGAAGCGCGGCAAAGACAUCCUUGGCCCGUCUGACCUGAGGACUGUCCUCGUCCGCCGCAUCGCCUCAGACAUCAUCCACGGAGUCCGCCGCCUCUUCCCCAACAACGGCAUCCAUGACGAUGAUGUUAAGCAGGGGAAGGUGGUGAUGCGGCCACAGACGGGGCAUCUCAAUGACCUUAACUGGGAGGUGAUGGUUGUCGAAGAUGACAAAGUAAGGGCUUUCAGCUCAAAGGGCGGGAAGAUUGUAAUCCACACUGGAUACCUCAAGCAUUUGAAGACCGAUGCCGAGAUUGCCACCGUUAUUGGCCAUGAGGCCGCACAUGUUGUUGCAAGGCAUAGCAUGGAGUUGUUGAGGUCAAUUCCGUUCUACAAACUAAUGCCCUUCUCACGAAGGGCCGAAUUGGAGGCAGAUCACAUCGGAUUGAUGAUAAUGGCCGCUGCUGGUUUCGAUCCACGCGUAGCCCCUGAGUUCCGCAAGAAGAUUGGAGAGAUCAUUGGAGACACCAAAUUAAUGGACUACAUCGGUACUCAUCCUUCGUCUGAGACAAGAUCACGGAUGUUAUCACGAAAGGAGGUCAUGGAGGAGGCAUUGGAGCUGUACAAACAAGAACGUAUGCGCAGGGAGAAGUGCCAAUCUCUGUCUUCCCUAUGGUGGAACGUCCUCGGAUACCGAUCUUGCUAGAUGAUCCCUUGCGUCAAUGGCGCAAUGACCAAAUACAACAGAAAAGUUAGCCAGACUACUAUAAAAUGUUUUUUAAUGAACCGUUGGAAAUUAUGAUAUUAAUCUCUUUUUCUUUUACGAAAAGUAGGAUAACGUCCGGCCUCUAUACCAAGCGAUGCACACAACCAUCUUUAUUGUGACGUUAAUCUAUCUA